UUUCGUUUGACUUUUAAAAGCUUCAAGACUUUUGCUUUAAUGAGCGGUCUUUGACUCUUUCUCCAACUCAAUCCCCCAUCUCUUCUUUGCCAUGAAAAAUCUGGAAUAAUAAGUUCCCACUUCUUUCUUUUGGGUUUCGUUUCCUUCAAAUUAUACAACCUCAAAAUGUGGGUUAAAUUUACAGCUCUUUCUUCAAUUCUCUCCCAUCUGCUUCUCAGCAUCAGUCUUGUUGAGGCAUUCAUAAGAUGCUACGACACUGGUAAUUUCACCAUAAAUAGUACCUAUGGUAAAAAUCGGGACCUUAUUCUUGCUUCUCUCCCACCGAAUGUCUCUGCAAAAGGUGGUUUCUUCACUGCCAAUGUUGGCCAAAACGCCUACAAAGUUUACGCUCUUGGUAUGUGCAGAGGAGACUCUAGUCGUGACGAUUGUUAUAAAUGUGUCAAUUCUACAAUCCACGACCUCAAAGCUAACUGUCCCAACCAGAAGGAAGCCCUUUCAUGGGAAGGGCAACCAUGUCAUGUACACUAUGCAGAUCGCUCGUUUUAUGGAACCCUGGAGGAGUUAGGAAACCCUGAGGCAGGCUAUAAUACGGGCGACAUCAAAUCUAACUUAACAGAAUUUGAUACGAUUUGGGAGAGUUUGAUGGACACAGUGGUGAGAAACGCUUCCAACGGCUCUUCUACUCGUAAGUAUGCAACCAGGGAGGCAGACUUUACAGUAUUCCAAAAGAUAUAUGCGCUAAUGCAGUGCACUCCAGAUUUAUCACACGAGGAUUGUGAUUCCUGCCUAAGGCAAUCCGUGAGUAACUAUGAAAGCUGUUGCCAUGGGAAGCAAGGAGGUUAUGUUACGAGGCCUAGCUGUUAUUUCCGCUGGGAUUUGUAUCCUUUCUAUUCUAUAACAACCCCAUCUCCUUCCCCAGAUAUAAAAGGCAUCAAUCUAACCUACCAAAGCUUUAGGUGCUAUAAUGACUCGGGUAGUUUCACAACCAGCAGUACAUAUGGAAAAAACCUUGACCAUAUUCUCGAUUCUCUCCCACACAACGUCUCUGAAAAUGGUGGUUUCUAUGAAGCCAUUGGUGGCCAAGACUCCAACAAAGCUUACGCUCUUGGGAUGUGCAGAGGAGACUUAAGUAAAGGUGACUGUUAUCGUUGUGUCAGUUCCUCGGUUAAUGAUCUCAGAGUUAAGUGUUUUCACUGGAAAGAAGCCGUUUCAUUGGCAGUUUUACGACCUUGUAUUGUACACUAUGCAAAUCGCACAUUUUUUGGAAACUUGGAGGUAGAACCCACGGAUGCAGCUCAUAACAAUGAAAGCAUCAAAUCGGACGUACUAACAAAAUUUGAAAUGGCUUGGGAUGGUUUGGUGGUCAGUUUGAGGAGAAAUGCUUCCAACGGCUCUUCUAAGUUUUAUGCAACUGAGGAAGCAAAAUUUACAGAAUCUCAAACUAUAUAUGCACUAAUGCAAUGCACCCCAGAUUUAUCACAGGAAAAUUGUUGGACCUGCCUAAAGCGAGCCACAGAAACCCAUAAUGAUUGUUGCCGUGCGAAGCAAGGUGGUUUUGUUCAGAAGCCAAACUGUUAUUUCCUCUGGGAUUUGCAUCCCUUCUAUGCACUAGGACCUGACAAUACAUUUACAAAAGAUGAAACGAAACAAAACAAACCAAUAUGGAUACCACUUGGUGCAAGCUUAUCAGCUACUCUAGGACUAGCUCUGUUUUCUGCUUGUGGUUUCUUUAUCUGGAGAAGGAGAAACGGUCAAGAGGAUAAAGGCCAAGAAGUUCAAUUACUUGACUUGGUAAUGGGAAGUGUUCCUCGUGGGAACUCAAGCGAAAAUUUUGAUCUACAAAAUAUAGGAAGGUCGCAGGAGUUUCCUUCAAUUCAAUUGAAUAUUUUACAAGCAGCAACCAAUAAUUUUUGUGAUGAAAAUAAGCUAGGACAAGGUGGAUUUGGCCCUGUAUACAAGGGCACACUAGCGGAUGGAAAAGAAAUUGCAGUUAAAAGGCUCUCAAGAACUUCUGGUCAAGGGCUGCUUGAGUUCAAGAAUGAGGUCAUGUUAAUUGCCAAAUUACAGCAUAGGAAUCUUGUGAGGCUGUUAGGAUGCUGCUUAGAGAAAAACGAAAAGUUGCUUGUAUAUGAAUUCAUGCCCAACAAAAGCCUUGACAUGUUCCUAUUCGAUUCGAGUUUGCCUGCCCAACUAGUUUGGCAAAAACGAUUCAAUAUUAUUAAAGGAACUGCCCGAGGUAUCAUGUAUCUGCAUGAGGAUUCUCGUCUUAGAAUUAUCCACAGAGACCUUAAAGCAAGUAAUGUUUUACUUGACCAUGAGAUGAAUCCGAAAAUUUCGGACUUUGGUAUGGCAAAAAUUUUUGGCCGAGAUCAGAAUGAAGCAAAUACAAAUAGAGUAGUCGGAACAUAUGGAUACAUGGCACCUGAGUAUGCUAUGGAAGGACUUUUUUCUGUCAAAUCGGAUGUUUUCAGUUUCGGUGUCCUUUUGCUGGAGAUUAUAAGUGGAAAAAGGAAUAAUGGGUUUCAUCUUUCAGAAUGCGGUGAAAGCCUCCUGACUUUUGCGUGGAAACUAUGGUCCAAAGGAGAAGGAAUGGAGUUACUGGAUAAGCAUCUUGUUGAGUCGAGUGUGCCCAAUGAGGUCCUUAAAUGCAUCCAAAUUGGGUUAUUGUGCGUGCAAUCAGAUCCGGCAGACAGACCAACUAUGUCAACAGUGGUUGCAAUGUUAGGAAGCGACACCAUAACAGUUCCUCUACCAGCGAAACCUGCAUUUUAUGUUGGACGUUUUAUUGCAGAAUCAGUUCAACCCAAUUCAAGUGAUAAAAUAUGUUCUGUUAAUGAAGUUACGAUUUCAAACAUGUCACCUCGGUGAUUGAUUAGUCAUUCCCAUCUACAAUUUUUUCACUAUUACAAGAUAUGAUAGAUUCUAAAAAUUUUGUUAA